AUGGCGCCUGUCUCGACAGUGAAGAGAUCCAUCGUCAAGAAGCGCGUGAAGAGCUUCCCCCGCUUCCAGUCUGAUCGCUUCAAGCGUGUGAAGUCAUCAUGGAGGAAGCCCAAGGGCAUUGAUUGCCGUGUUCGCCGCAAGUUCAAGGGCACUAACAAGAUGCCCAACAUCGGCUACGGUUCCAACAAGAAGACCCGUCACAUGUUGCCCAAUGGAUUCUUUAAGUUCCUCGUCUCGAAUCCCAAGGAUCUCGAAUUGCUCUUGAUGCACAACACCAAGUUUGCAGCGGAGAUUGCGCAUAACAUUUCCUCUCGGAAGCGUCGUGAGAUUCUGGAGCGAGCAGAUCAACUUAAUGUCCUGGUGUUGAACAGAACUGCACGUCUCGACACAGCGGAAGACGAAUGA